AUGGAGGAGGUCAUUGCCGGGCUGCAAGGGUUCACGUUCGCCUUUGAGCAGGAUGUGGAAUUGCAGAAGGGCACUGGGCUCCUGCCUUUCCAGGGCAUGGACAGUGAGUGAUGAUGCCUGCGUCCCCUGCCCAGGUCCCGGAGGUGCUGUGUUCUCCCACACAGCUUCUGGGUAUUCACUGCUCAGGAUAGAAAGGCAGACUUCCGAGCUGCCAGAGCUCCCUGGGUGCCCCUGAAACCUUUUACCUCCUGCCUCAGAGAGUCCAGUUCAGCUGUGUGCAACUUCUUCGCUAAAGGGCUCUGUGGGAAAGGGAUGCUGUGCCCGCUCCGGCAUGAGCAGGGCGAGAAGCUGGUGGUAUGCAAACACUGGCUUCGAGGCCUCUGCCGUAAGAGUGAUUGCUGCAACUUCCUGCACCAGUAUGACGUCAGCAAGAUGCCCGUGUGCUAUUUCCACUCCAAGUUCGGGAACUGCAGCAACAAGGAAUGCCUGUUCCUCCACUUGAAGCCAGUUCCCAAGCUCCAGGACUGCCCGUGGUAUAACCAAGGGUUCUGCAAGGAAGGUCCCCUGUGUAAAUACCGCCAUGCUCAUCAAGUACUGUGUCCCAACUACUUCACCGGCUUCUGCCCCAAGGGACCUAAGUGCCAAUUUGGGCACCCUAAGAUGAGUCCUCCGUUCCAUCCCAGUAAUGUGAAGCCACAGCCUGUCAACCAGCCAUGGGAUUCAACAACUUCUACUGGCAACACUCUGGUGUCCCCUUUCCAGGCAAAGCCCGUGGUCCACGGUCAGAGGAGGUGGAGCCUGCCUCAGGCCUGCAGCUCAAGGGCACACCCUGCACCUUAG